AUGCAACUUACACUUCCCUUCGCGGUCCUUCUCGCGACCAUCGUCGCCUUGUACUCUGCGCCCUCCGAGGUUGAGGCUGCGCCCAUGAAGCAGAUCCGUGCUCCCAACGGUCGCAUCACGAUGCCGCUCAAGCGCGUCGUGAACCGCCGUACGGACGUGCACCCCCAGGUGCUCCUGCAGCAGAAGAUCAACCACGCGCAGCGUCGCUACGCGCGCCUCACGGGCCGCGCGGAGCCCGAGCCGGCUGAGCUCAAGCGCGCACUCCAGAAGCGCGUCGACUCGCUCGAGAAGCGCGGCAUCCAGGCUCGCGGCCUUCGCAUGGGCCACGCCGCCGCUGGCAUGAGCUCCCCGACGAGCAGCGCCGACACCGUCUCUAACAAGGCGUCGUCGUCUUCGUCCAGCUCGGACACUGCCCUCACUCUUGGCGAGAUCAUCUCUGCCAUCACUGGCUCUUCCAACGCUAAGGCUGGCAAUGGUAACGCCAAGGCCAACAAGAAGGGCAAAGGCAAGGGCGCUGCUGCGGGUGCGGGUGCCGCCGCUGGUGCUGGUGCCGCUGCCGCCGCCGCCGGUGCCGACCUCGGUGGCCAGCCGUUCUCCGAGACGGACUUCCAGGCCGCCCAGGACGACACCGUGUCGACCGCUAGCGACCCGACGGCUGACAACUCGCUUGGUCUCGACAUUGAGGCCAACGACGUCACCUACCUCGGCACCGUCCAGAUGGGCACUCCCCCGCAGGACUUCACGGUCAUCAUGGACACUGGCUCUGCCGACUUCUGGGUUGGCUCGGAGAACUGCGUUACCAUUAGCGCACAAGGCCAGUCGACUGGCCAGGACUGCGGUCAGCACACGUUCCUCGGCUCCAACGGAUCCUCGUCGUUCGUCGACACGCAGAAGCAGUUCCAGGUCACGUACGGCUCCGGUGCCGUCGUUGGCGACAUCGUCCAGGAUGACCUCACCAUGGCUGGCUUGAGCAUCAAGGGCCACACCCUCGGUGUUGCGCUCGGCGAGACCAUCCAGUUCUCUGGUGACGCCAAUGCCGACGGCCUCAUGGGUCUUGCGCAAGGCACUCUUUCCAACGAGGGUGUUCCUACGCCUCCUGAGGCGCUCGCCAAGGCUGGUCUCAUCGACAGCACGGUCGUUUCCGUUAAGCUCGCCCGCCUCGACGAUGGCAACAACGACGGCGAGAUCACCUUCGGUGGUCUCGACGACACCAAGUUCGACGCGAACUCGCUUGUCACGGUCAAGAACGUCAACACCCAGGGCUUCUGGGAGGCUGACAUGGACGACAUCUCCGUCGACGGUACCUCCGUUGGUCUCCAGGGCCGCACUGCCAUCCUCGACACCGGAACCACCCUCAUCAUCGCUCCCCAGUCGGACGCUGACACGCUCAUGGCCGCCAUCCCCGGCGCCAAGUCCGACGGCCAGGGUGGUUACACUGUUCCUUGCACGACGAAUGUCUCAGUCGCCAUGUCCUUCGGCGGCACGAACUUCGCCAUCGACUCGCGCGACCUCGCCUUCCUCCCGGUCAGCAACGAUCUUUCGGGUGACUGCACUGCCGGUGUUUCCGCUGGUCAGAUCGGCGGUGCCACCGAGUGGCUAGUCGGCGACGUCUUCCUCAAGAACGUGUAUGCCAGCUUCGACACGGACAACAACCAGAUCCAGCUCGCCAACCUCGCCGGUGCCUCCGCUGCCGCCUCGUCGGGCUCUGCCGCCGCAACCGCAACGGCUGCUGCGACGGACUCGGCUGCCGCAACGGACUCCGCCGCCGCUGCAACUGCCACCGCUACCGCCGCCGCCACCACCAAGACCAAGGCCGCCGCGACCGCCUCUGCAUAG